CUUUCACUUUAAAACUACCGAACUGUGUAUACUGUCGCUCCAAAAAAAUGAGCAGAGCAGAAACCGUGUGUCUUUCUCUAUUAAGCAAUUGCAAAACUCUCUUGAACCUCAAGCAAAUCCACUCCUUGGUUUACAAAUCCGGCCUGGAAACCAACCCAUUUAUCGCCGGAAAACUCAUACUUGUCUCUGCUGUUCAAAUCCCUGACUCUAUUAAUUACGCUCGUCGUCUCCUAAUUCACAAUCCUAACCCAGAUGUAUUCAUGUACAACACCCUCAUCCGUGGUGAAUCCGAAUCACCAAAGAACUCGGUUAACGCGUUCGUUUACAUGUUGCGCCAGUCAAAUUACCCUCCUGAUACUUUUACUUUUGCUUUUGUGUUGAAGGCGGUGGCGAAUUUGCAGUGUUUGAGAACUGGGAUUCAGUUGCAUUGUCAAUCUAUGGUUCGCGGGUUUGAUGCUCAUGUAUUUGUUGGGACUACAUUGGUUAGUAUGUAUGCUGAAUGUGGGUUUCUUGAGUUUGCUUGGAAGGUGUUUGAUCAAAUGCCUGAAAGAAAUGUUGUGGCGUGGAAUGCAAUGAUUACGGGGUGUUUUAGAGGGAAUGAUGUGAGCGGUGCAGAUAGAGUGUUUGGUUUAAUGCCGUUUAGGGAUUUGACUACUUGGAACGUGAUGCUGGCAGGGUGUGCUAAAGCUGGGGAAGUUGAGCGUGCCAAGGGGUUGUUUUUGAAGAUGCCGAGUAGAGAUGACGUUUCUUGGAGUACUAUGAUUGUUGGGUUUGUUCAUAAUGGUUGUUUUGAUGAGGCAUUUGGGGUUUUUAGGGAGUUGGUUGGGAGUGGAAAUAGGCCGAAUGAAGUGAGCUUGACGGGUGUUUUAUCUGCGUGUGCUCAAGCUGGGGCGUUUGAGUUUGGGUUAGUAUUGCAUGGAUUUGUAGAGAAAGUGGGAUUUGUAUGGAUUAGUUCUGUGAACAAUGCGCUUUUGGAUAUGUACUCCAAGUGUGGAAAUGUGUUGAUGGCUCGUCUUGUCUUUGAGAGAAUGCCGGGGAAGAAGAGCAUUGUUUCUUGGACUUCUAUGAUUGCAGGGUUUGCAAUGCAAGGAUAUGGUGAUGAGGCGAUAAAGCUUUUUCAUGAGAUGGAAGAAUCUGGGACAAGGCCUGAUGGGAUCACUUUUAUUUCAGUCCUUUAUGCAUGUAGUCAUGCUGGCUUAGUUGAACAAGGUCAUGAGCUUUUCAGUAAAAUGACAGGAGUUUAUGAUGUUGAACCAACUAUUGAGCAUUAUGGUUGUAUGGUUGAUUUGUAUGGCAGGGCUGGUCAGCUGCAUAAGGCAUAUAAUUUCGUGGUUCAAAUGCCAGUAACACCCAAUGCUGUUAUUUGGCGGACACUUCUUGGGGCUUGCAGCAUUUUCGGUCACAUUGAAUUGGCCGAGCAAGUAAAUAAAAGGCUCUCUCAGCUGGAUCCAGACAACUCUGGUGACCAUGUUUUACUGUCCAACAUUUAUGCAUUUGCAGGGAAAUGGAAGGAUGUUGCCAUGGUGAGGAGAUCAAUGGCUGAGAAGAAUAUGAAGAAAAUUCCUGGUUGGAGCACGAUUGAAGUGGACAAGGUCAUGUACAGUUUUGUGGCAGGGGAUAAACGAAAUGAGAUUAUUGAAGAGGCUUAUAAUAAACUAAGUGAGAUAAUAUUAAAACUUAAAGUAGAAGGCGGUUAUAUUGCAGAGGUAGGCAGCGUUUUGCAUGAUUUGGAAGAGGAAGACAAGGAAGAUGCUGUGUCUAAGCACAGCGAGAAACUUGCUGUUGCUUUUGGUAUGGCAAGGUUAUGUAAGGGAAGCACCAUACGAAUUGUAAAGAAUUUGAGGAGAUUAUUGGUGAGGGAUGAUUUAUGGUUCGAUCAAAUUGGCAAUGCUCCCGUUUUCAAGGUAAACAACAUUGGCAGCGAACAGAAGACUCACAUUAUGGAUGUCACGGAAUGCUCCAUGCUUGCCAUUGCAAUGAAGAAUAUGGAAAAGAGAUUGAUCGGAGGAAGUCGUACUGAUUGCUCGAGGCGACACAAUUGGUAUUUCGACACGAGUACUAGACCGCAGGUGAUGUUGGUGAGGAUUUUGUUAACUAGAGAGCACGAGUUGAAAGUUCCUGGAUUCCAGAUCCCUAAGGUGAAACGAACUAAUUGUUCUGGGGACUCUAGAGAGGCUCGUUGUUUGAGGAUUCCACCGUAUCCUUCAUUUGAAGCAUCAGUUUCUACUAUCAUAAAAGCAUCUGGGUUUGGAAUACCAGACAUGGGAGUUUUUUGACAACAGUCUUGAUUUUCCUUACCGUUUCCGUCUGAUCUCCAUGGGACUGGAUUCUUUCUAAGACGCUUGUAAAUGGGUUCGCAGAUUUUCCUAAUGUUAGGAAUAAAGUCUGCAACAUAAUUAAGACUUCCUAGAAACCUCUGUAAUUGGGUUUUAUCAAGAAUUUCAUCUGGGAAUUUGGAAGAGAACUCUAUGGCUCUACAAAUGGGUUUAUAAGUACCUUGGUAUAAGUCGUGUCCUAAAAUCUAAUUGUUGUUUGAAACAAUUUAAUCUUUUUAGCACUUACCACUAAACCAUUAUGUUUAAUAAUUUUGAAGAAAGUAUUCAAAUGUUUAAAAUGAGAAUCUAUGUCCUCAGAAAAUAUUAAUACAUCAUCUAUAUAGACAAUAGACAUAUUUCUAGAAGGAUUAAAAAUUUUAUUCAUAAUAUUCUGGAAUUCAGACGGGGCGUUUUUCAACCCAAAAGGCAUAACAUUCCAUUCAUAUUGUCCAAAAGGAACAUUGAAUGCAGUUUUGUAUUUAUCUUUUUCAGCAACUUGUAUUUGCCAAAAUCCUGAUUUCAUAUCAAACUUACUAUAGAUAUUUGGUUUGUAAGUUCUUUUUAAUAAGUCUCUUUUAUUAGGUAUCGGGUACCUAAUCCAUUGUAAUACCUUAUUUAAAGGUUUAUAAUUUAUGACUAGCCUGGGAGAUCCUCUUUCUUUUUCAACAUUUUUAUUUACAUAAAAUGCUGAACAACUCCAAGGGGAUCUAGAUGGUCUUAUUAUCUUUUUUUGUAAAAGAUCAUUGAUUUCAUUUUUACAAGUUUCCAUUAAUUCAUGGUUCAUUUGAAUUGGCCUUGCCUUUGUAGGAAUGGCUUGUUCAUUAAAACCAUCAAUAUAUGGUAACUCAACAAUGUGUCGCUUUCUUUCCCAAAAAGCAUUUGGUAAUUCUGAACAAACUUCUUUUUCAAGUUUUUCUUGAAAACUUGCUAUUUUCCCUUCUAUCACCGGGUUUUUUAAAUUUUGUUAAAUCUUUUUAAUCUUAAUUUCAUCUUUUAAGUAUGAAAUCUGAUUGGAGAGUAAAUUUAUACGGAAAAUGGUUUUUGAUUUAACAAAAUCACUUUCAUCUUGGGAAAUUGUAGAUAAAUAAGGAAAUUUAAUUUCCUUUCCUAAUACGGUGGUAUAGAUUGCAUUUAAUCCAGCAUAAUAGGUUUUUAUCUGAGUUAUAAACGGUGUUCCUAAAAUGAUUUCUUCAUUUAUAUCUUUUGUAAUCACAAAAUCAUUUAUAAAACAAAUUCCAUCAUUGCAAAUGUGGGCUUGGGAUAAUUUGUAAUUUAUUUUCAAUUUUUCUCCUGUGGCGGAGUAUAACUUAGUAGUACUUUUCUCAAAAUACUUAGUAGGUAUUAAUCCUUCCAUCAUGCAGUUUCUAUCUGCUCCUAAAUCAAUUAAAGCUAACCUAUUGAGUACGACGUCUCCUACUCUUAAAGUAAUAGGAACGUGCCAACUCUAGGUUUUAAUUAGUUGUACAACUCCAGUUGCAUCAUUGUUAGUAGAUGUUUCAAUGACUUCUUCAUUACCAGGAAGUUGUAAUGAAUCGUCAUUAUUGGAAUGGUUAUGUUCAUUAUCUUCUGAAAGAAUUUCCUUUCUUGUUUGAGAUAAUAUUUGAUCUGUGAUGUAAUCCAUUUCAACUUUGUUAAGCCUUGUUUUGACUUCUUUAAUCUUGUUGUUGACAGAGAUUAAUUCAUAUUGUAAUUCCUGUAUUGUAGGUUUCUUUUCUUUGGAAGAGAACCUACUCAUAACAUUUUUCAUGUUAAAAGGUUCAAUAUGAGGUUUAUCCUUGGAUUGAUUAAUAACAAUAUUUUUUAAUUCCUCUAAAUAUUUUUUCUUAAUUUCUUCAUCGUCAAUAUGACUUACUAAAUCAAGAAGGAAUUCUUUUGAUUUACUAGUAAUAACUCUUAUCGAGUUUUGACCACAAGUACAUAUAGUUCCUGUGCAAUUACAAUCUUCAGAUUCAGAAGAAGAUGAAGUGUUAUCAUUUUCUUCUAGAAUUGUGUAAAGUUCAUUUUUUAUCUUAUCAUCAACAUCAAGAAGAUUUAUCUUCUUUUUCUUUUUAUCAGUGACUUUACAUUCACUCGAUCUGUGGCCUGAUUUGCCGCAAGUCCAGCAUGUAUCUCCAAAAUUCUUUUUUGGUGACCUUUUAAAUCUUUUCUUUUUAUAAGGCUUAUCUACGUUCUUCUUUUUCCUAUAAUGGGUUUUAGAAGUAGCAGAUUUUUUUGCUAAUUUGCCACAACUCCUGCUUUCGUUUUCUGUUGCUUUUCACACCAGCUUGAGCUUCUCUGUUGGAAAGAUGCGUAUACCACUUUGAACAGCAAUGCGGAUUGUAUUUAGAUCUUGUGAGGCUUCAACAAAGGUUCUUUUCGUAAUAUCUUGUCUCUGAUAUGUCUAGUGAUUUCUUUGGUGGUAUGGGUUUCGCCAGAUUUGUACUUUACUGUUCCCUUAUCUCUAUGGGUGCAGCCAUUGGGUCUUACCGAGCUUUGCAUUCCUUUCACCGUGCGGCCUUGUCUGCCCAUUUGUGUUGAGGUUUCUUUAGUUCAGGAUUUUAUGAGUAUGAGUUUUUCAAUCCAGCUUUCUUCCUAAUCAGAGUGGUUCUCUUCUCUCUUUGUCAAAGCCUGCUGUUAUGGGAGUUCUUAGCUAAAAUAGUUUUUCACUGCGUGCUGCACUGCCAUUUUUAGUUUAGUCCAGAUGCUUAUGUUUUUCUGUGAUCCAACUGAUUAGGUCGAUGUUUGAUGGUGGUUAUGGACACCUGAUAAAUACUCAAAACUCAAUUCUGGAUAUUUUGAUAGCCCCCGUAAGUCCUACUCUGUUUUUGUGUUUUCGCUGCUUAUCUACUCUGCUUCUGUUAUCUUUUGUGUGUUAUGCCAGCUUGAUUUGUUUGUUGGGUGGAUGUGGUGACAGUUAAGAGGAUUCGAUUCGGAUAUUUGCAAGGCUGGUGUCCAGUUUGCGUUCCUGUACACCCCUGUUUCCUGGUCAUUUUUUUGCUUGCACUGCAAUCUGGAUAUCCCUUCUCUCUCUGUCAACACUCUUAACACUGCUGUUAUCCUCGUCUAAAAUAUUUUUUUCACUUGUGUGUUGUAUCCUGCUGCCAUCCUUAUUCUUUAGUCCAGAUGCUUAUGUUCUUUGGUGGUCCAACACUCCAACUGAUGAUAUCCCUGAUGGUUAUGGACGCAUGAUAAUUGAUAAGUAAUCUAACUCAAUUAAUUUUGGUUCUAUUGAUAGCCCUGCCUACAUUUGGUGUUCUCGGCUUCUCGCUUACUUAUCUUCUCUGCUUCCACUUUCUUUGGUUUAACACACCACUUGAUUUUGUUUGGUUGGAUGGAUGUUUGUAGACCACAUGGUGAUAAUGAUAGAUGGUUUGAUUGGGAAAUUUCGAAGUUCGGUAUUUUGGUUUCACAGUGUCCGUUGAGAGAAAAGGGAGUUUUCCAAUCUUGUCUGGCACCUCUAGCGAUCUCUUGUGUGGUAUGGGUUUUGCGAACUUUGUACUUAACUGCUCCCUUCUUUCUGUGCUUGCAGCCAUCAGGUCUUACGGACCUGUGAAUUCUUUUCUUGGAGCGACCUUGUUUGUAGAGAUUUGUUUGGAGGUUUCUUUAGUUCAGUCGUUUAUGAUUAUUGAGAUUUUCAAUUUAGUUUUCUUCCCUAAUGGCGCCCUUUUCUCUGUCCAAACUACUGUUGUAUGGAGGUUUCUCGACUAAGAUAAUAUUGUUCACUAGUGUGUUGUAUUCUGCUGCCAUGAAGUUUCUAGUCCAGAUGCUUACGCGUUCUUUGAUGAUCCAACUGGUGAGGUCUCUUGUGGUUAUGGACACCUGAUAAGUACUCGCGAUCAUCUUCUGAUAGCGCUGUAAAAUGCUCCUCCACUUCUUGUCUUCUAGCUACUUAUCUUCUCUGCUCUUUUGGUUAUCACGCCACUCGAUUUUUUGUUAUAUGGAUGUGUAGACCACUUGGUGACAGUAAUAGAGGUUUAGAUUUGGAAAUUUCAGAGGUUGGGAUCCAGUAUGCGUUCUCUGCACCCUCUUGGUCUUUUUGGUGCUUGCACUGCAAUCUGAAUGUUGCCAGUCUUUGACAAAAAGGGGGUUUUCAAUCUUGUCCAUGACAUCUCUAGUAAUUUCUUAGGUGGUAUGGGUUUCCUCGGCUUUGCACUUUAACUGCUCCCUUCUUUCCUUUGCUUGCUGCCAUGAGCAGUUAAAGGAGCCAUCAUAUUUGUCCAUUUGAGCUGAGGUUUCUUAGGUUCAGUCUUUUAUGAGUAUCGAGAUUUUCAAUUCAGUUCUCUUCCAUAAUGGCUCCCUUUUUCUCUUUGUUGAAACUAUUGUUGUUUUGAAGUUUCUCAACUAAGAUAAUAUUUUUUAUACCAGUGUGUGUUGUAUGUUCCGCUGCCGUGAAGUUUUAACUCCAGAUGCUUAUGUUCUUUGAUGAUCCAAUCGAUGAGGUCUCUCUUAUGGUUAUGGACGCCCGGUAAGUACUCGGUCAAUUUCGGAUCUUUUGAUAGUGACGUGAAGUGUCUACCUUUGGUCUUCUAGCUCUACUUAGUUUCUCCAUUUUUCUUUUAUUUGUCAUGCCAUUUGUCUGUUCGUUUUCGUUGGAUGGAUGUGUAGAUCAUAUGGUGACAGUAACAGAGGUUAAAAUCUGGAAAUUUCAAAGGUUGGUAUCCAGUAUGCCUUCCUCUGCACCCUCUGGUCUUUUGGUGCUUGCACUGCAAUCUUGAUAUUGUCAGGGCUUUGACAAUAAGGGGGUAAAAGGGGUUUUUCGUUCUUGUCUAUGGGACCUCUAGUAUUUUCUUAGGUGGUUGGGUUUCGUCAGCUUUGUACUUGACUGUUCCCUUUUUUCUGUUGCAGCCAUUUGGUUUUAUAGAGCAGUGAAUUAUUCUUUUUUGGAGCGGCCCUGUUUGUGCAUUUGUGUUGAGGUGUCUUUAGUUCAGUUUUUUAUGGGCAUCGAGAUUUUCAAUUCUGUUUUCUUGCCUGAUAGCUUCUGUUUCUCUUUGUCAAAACUACUGUUGUAUGUUGACAGUUCAGAAUUAAAUUUGGUAUUUGCAAGGUUGAUGCCCAGUAUGCUUUCAUGUACACCCUGUUUCUUGGUCAUCUUGGUGCUUGCACUGCAAUCUUGAUAUUAUCAGGCUUCGAUGGACGGGUUUCUCAAUCUUUUCUGGCAUUUUGUAGUGAUUUCCUAGGUUGUUGAGCUUUGCACUAAACUUAUCCCUUCUUUCGGUGCUUGCAGUUGGUGGGUCUUACGAGCAGUGAAUCCUUCUUUUCAUGGAGUGGCCUUGUUUGUCAAUUUUGGUUGAGGUUUCUUUAUUAAUGCUUUUAAUGAUUAUGUAGAUUUUCAAUUCAGUUUCCUUCCCUAGUAAGAGUGGUUCCCUUAUCUCUUUGUCAACUCCUCAUUUAAAAUUACUUUUUCACUAGCGUCUUGUAUUCUGCUGCCGUCUUUAUUUUUCAAGUCCAGAUGCUUAUGUUCUUUGGUGAUUUAACUGAUGAGAUCCCUGAUGGCUAUAGACACGUAUAAGUACUCUUAACACAAUUAAUUUUGGAUCUUUUGAUAGCCCUGUAAAGUAAAAACCGAAUCUUGAUUUUGUUCGGUUGGAUAGAUGUUUGUAGACCACAUGGUGAUAGUGAUAGAUGGUCUGAUAUUUCGAAGUCUGUGCGUCAAAGAAAGGGAGUUUCCCAAUCUUGUCUGGCACCUCUACUGAUCUCUUGUAUGGUAUGGGUUUUCCGAACGUUGCACUUAACUGGGCUUAUGGACCAGUGAAUUCUUCUUCCUUCUUUCUGUUCUUGCAGCCAUUGGGGCUUAUGGACCAGUGAAUUUUUCUUUUCAUGGAGCCGACCUUGUUUGUUGGGAUUUGUUUGGAGGUUUCUUUAGUUCAGUUAUGAUUAUUGAGAUUUUCAAUUCAGUUUUCUUCCCUAGUGGCGCCCUUUUCUCUUUGUCCAAACUACUAUUUUAUGGAAGUUUCUUGACAAAGAUAACAUCGUUCACUAGUGUGUGUUGUAUUCUGCUGCCAUGAAGUUUUAGUCCAGAUGCUUAUGUUCUUCGAUGAUCCAACUGAUGAGGUCUCUUAUGGUUAUGGACACGUGAUAAGUACUCGCGAUCAUCUUCUGAUAGCGCUGUAAAGUGCUCCUCCACUUUUGGUCUUCUAGCUACUUAUCUUCUUUGCUCUUUUGGUUAUCACGCCACUCGAUUUUUGUUGUAUGGAUGUGUAGACCACAUGGUGAGAAUAAUAGAGGUUAAGUUUUGGAAAUUUCAAAGGUUGGGAUCGAUUAUGGGUUCUCGGCACCCUCUUGGUCUUUUUGGUGCUUGCACUGCAAUCUGGAUAUUGUCAGGCUUAACCAAAAAGGGGGUUUUCAAUCUUGUCUAUGGCAUCUCUGGUGAUUUCUUAGGUGUUAUGGGUUUCAUCGACUUUGCACUUAACUGUUACCUUCUUUCCUUUGCUUGCAGCCAUGAGCAGUGACUUCUUCUUUUCGUGGAGCGAUCAUGUUUGUCUAUUUGGGCUGAGGUUUCUUUAGUUUAUUCUUUUAUGAGUAUCGAGAUUUUCAUUCAGUUCUCUUCCCUAAUGGUCCCUUUCCCAGCUAGGAUAAUAUUCUCACCAGUGUUAUAUUCUGCUGCGAUGAAGUUUUUACUCCAGAUGCUUAUGUUCUUCGAUGAUUCAACCGAUGAGGUGUGUCUUAUGGUUAUGGACACCCGAUAAGUACGGCCAAUUUUGGAUCCUUGGAUAGCGCCGUGAAGUGUCCCUCUACCUUUGGUCUUCUAUCUGUAUUUUCUGUUGGUUAUCAUGCCACUUGUCCGCUCUUUUUUCUUGGAUGGAUGUGUAGAUCAUAUGGUGACGGUAACAAAGGUUGAGAUUUGGAAAUUUCGAAGGUUGGUACCAAUAUGCGUUCCUUUGCACCCUCGUGGUCCUUUUGGUGCUUGCACUGCAAUCUGGAUUUGUCCGUGCUUCGACAAAAAGGGGGUUUUCAAUCUGGAUUUGUCCGUGCGCCGUGAAGUGUCCCUCUACCUUGGUCUUCUAUCUCUAUUUUCUGUUGGUUAUCUCGCCACUUGUCUUCUCUUUUUGUUGGAUGGAUGUGUAGAUCAUAUGGUGACGCUAACAUAGGUUGAGAUUUGGAAAUUUCGAAGGUUGGUAUCCAAUAUGCGUUCCUCUGCACCCUCGUCACAAUCUGGAUUUGUCCGUGCUUCGACAAAAAGGGGGUUUUCAAUCUUGUCUAUGGCAUCUCUAGUGAUUUCUUAGGUGGUAUGGGUUUCCUUGACUUUGCACUUAACUGUUCCCUUCUUUCCUUUGCUUGCAGCCAUGAGCAGUGACUUCUUCUUUCCGUGGAGCGAUCAUGUUUGUCUAUUUUAGCUGAGGCUUCUUCAGUUCAUUUUUUUAUGAGUAUCGAGAUUUUCAUUCAGUUCUCUUCCCUAAUGGUCCCAUUUCACUUGUUGAAACUACUGUUGUAUUGAAGUUUCUCAGCUAGGAUAAUAUUCUCACCAGUGUGUUAUAUUCUGCUGCGAUGGAAGUUUUAACUCCAGAUGCUUAUGUUCUUCGAUGAUUCAACUGAUGACGGUAACAAAGCACUUGUCUCUUCUUUCUGUGCUUGCAGCCAUUGGGUUCUACAGAGCAGUGAAUUGCCCUUUUUUGGAGUCAUGGGUCUCAUAGAGCAGUGAAGUACUCUUUUCAUGGAGCGGGCCUUGUUUGUCCACGUCUGUUGGUGUUUCUUUCGUUCAGUCUUCUAUGAGUAUCAAGAUUUUCAGUUCAGUUUUCUUCCCUAAUCAGAGUGCUUCCCUUCUCUUCUUUGUCAAAACUGUUGAUGUAUGGAGGUUCAACUUAUGUAGGUUUUUUUGUAUAUAUUAAGAAAAGGAGAAAGCUUAGGACCAAGCUGGUGCUUAGACCUUACAGAAAUUUGUGAUCUUUCUAACAAAAACACAUUCUGCUGCCAUUUUUAGUUUUUGGUCUAAAAAAAACCUAAUGUAGUUUCUGUGCUUGCAGCUGUUGGGUCUUAUAGAGCAGUGAAUUCUCUUCACGGAGCUCCUCGCUUGUUAGAUCUCUAGUGAUUUGCUUGGAGGUUUCCUCCUUAAUCAGAGUGGUUCCCUUCUCUCUGUCAGAACUGCUGUUUUAUGGAAGGUCUCAACUAAGAUUAUUCUUUUCACAAUUGUGUAUAAUAUAUUUUCUGCCAUUCUUAGCUACUAGUCCAGAUGUUUAUGUUCUUCAAUUAUCCAAGUGUUGAGAUCUCUUACCUGUCUUACAGGUAUGGACAUCUCAUUAGUAAAACUCAAUUCUGGGUCUUUUUAUAGUGUACAGUGCUCCUUUACCUUUGGUGUUCUCGCACUUCUUCUCUGCUUGCGUGCUUUUAUAAUCACACAAGCUUGAUUUUGUUUGUUGGGUGGAUGGAUGUGUAUACCACAUAGUGAACGCUAAUGAGGAGUAAAUUUGAGAAUUGCAGAUGAUGUUCCAGUAUAAGUUGUUGUGCGUGCUGUUUCUUGGUCUUUUUGGUGCUUGCAUUGUGAUCUGGUUAUUGUCAGGCUUCUAGAAAAGGGGUUUCUUUUCAAUCUUGUCUCUUGUAUCUGUAGAUUUUCUACCUUGGGUUUCGCCAGCGUUUCACUUGACUGUUCCCUUUCCAUGCUUGUAGCUGCUGGGUCUUAGAGCUGCGAAUUCUACUUCUCAUGGAGCGGCUUGUUUGUCAAUUUGUGUUGAGGUUUCUGUAGUGCAUGCUUCAGUGAGUUAAGUAGUUUAUUUUCUUAGGAAAAUUUGACAUGUCCAUGGUUGCUUCCUUACAUGGAGCCGGGUAUAUGAUCAUUGUUAUUCAAUUGUUGGUUCUCUUAUUGGGUGAUUUAGAUCCAUAACCUAGUGCUUGUAUUUAGAUUUCAUCUGUUUUGAUCAAUCAAUUUCUAAAAGCGAAGGGUUUAGACUGCUCAUGAUUUUUGA